UGAAAAUAACAUCUUAAUCGCAAUAUUUUGAUAGCAUCAUUUGCUUACGUGCUCACACCUUUUUUGACACUAUUUCGUGCUAGAUUCAUGCAAAAUACAGCCAUAUAUCGCUAACAUGUUAGAACGUGGUUUGCUUGCGCUUUGUAAUGCGCCUUUUAACGAUGAUCAGCCGUUGGUCUUUAAAUCUGAGAAGGCAGUUCGAAAAAUCGAGCCGGCUGGCUUUGCCUUCUUUUUGACUAAGGAGUGGGAGUUAGAUGUUUCUUACCAUGAUAUUUUCCAUCCAGUUCAAGUUACCAAUGUCUCCAGGAUGACUAUGGACAUUGUUAAAUCAUAUGUUUCGUGCACAAAUAAGUCUGUGGAUAAUGUGAAGCACUUAUUUUCCUUGAAGACACAAUGGGCUCAGUUGUUGACUGACGCCAAGUGUGCUGAGCAUUUGGUUGACGAGGUAGACAAGGAGUCUGUGGACUCUCCCAAGUUGACUAAAGCUAAUUCUAAAGUGUGCUUGGGGUUGGUUCGUGAUUUUGUGUCUAAGAACCAAAACGCUUAUGAGCUAUUGGAUGUUUGUGAUUCUGAUGACCUUAGUAAGAUAAAGGCCAACUACAAACGGAUUGUAUUAUUGUUACAUCCAGAUAAGGCUGGCAAUACGCGUGUUCCUGAAGACAUGGAGCACUACGUCAACAAGUACCGGAUUCGUCACCUUGGUGACGAGCAGCUUAAGCAGCAGUUUAUUUUACUCCAGGACGCCUUUACUAUAAUGAGUGAUCCUCAGUUACGUCAUGAAUACGACUGCAGUUUACCAUUUGAUGAGACAAUUCCUACUAAGGAGGAAGCCAAGUUAGCAGAUGACUUUUAUGGCUUAUUUGCACCGGUGUUUGAGUUAAAUGCUAGGUGGUCGCGCACGAAGCCCGUACCAUCUUUGGGUGCGGCUAACAGCAGUGAUGACGACAUUGAUUUCUUUUAUGAUUUUUGGCGCAACUUUGAGACAACUCGUACCUUUAGUCACGCGGCGCCUCACUUGCUUGACGACGCUGAAUCUCGUGAAGAGAAGCGUUGGAUGGAGCGUGAGAACCUGAAGGUUCAACGCAAGUUGAUUAAGAAAGAGCUCGUUCGCAUUCAGAAACUGGUUGACUUGGCUCAGGCGUUCGACCCUCGUUUGAAGGCUCGUGCUGAGCGUCGUCUUCAGGAGAAGGUUGAGCGCAAGCGUUUACAGGAGGAGCAGCGUUUACGUGAGCAGCGCGAGUUAGAGGAGGCUCUAGCUCGGCAGCGCACUGAGUUGGAAUUAUCGCAGAACCGUGAAAAGUUCGAAAAGCAGAUUGUCAAGAAGCUGCGCCAGCACGUCCGCGCUAUUGGUAACAAGGUUCCGAACGGUGCCACCUUAUCGCAACAUUUUGACCGUCUUUCUGAAUUGGAUUAUGCAUUUAUGAAGGAGACCUGUGAGUCCAUCUAUGCUCUACUGGGUCAUCCCACCUGCCUCGAGGGCACCGACGAAUCACUUCAAUUUGUCAAGAAGAUGGAUUCCGCUGUUAAAGCGGCUACUAUUGACGACAAAGUGGAUGUCUUCGAGAGCAUUUUAUUAUCUGUGAGUUCAAAGAUCGUACCACCCGCUGCGGGUGCGCCUCAAGAUACGCAUACUGUCAAGCGUGCUGAGGAGACUGAGGAACAACCCGUCCAAUGGACUACCGAAGAGCUUUCUCGUUUAUCCAAGGGCGUGGAGAUGCACGUGGCCGGUGUUACUGACCGCUGGAGCCUGAUAGCUAAGCACGUCAAGACCAAGACUGCUGCCCAAUGCAUACAGAUGGCACGUGAGAUAGCUUCCGGUAAGCGUCUGGAUGAAAACACACCCGCUGUUAAUAUAGCCAACGGGGUACAUAGCGACUCUUGGAGCGUUGAGCAGCAGAGUGAGUUCGAGGCCGCUCUUGUCAAGUACCCUUCGUCGCUUGACCCCGCCAGCCGGUGGCGCUUGAUCGCAUCAGAGGUCAGGGGCAAGACGCCCAAGGAAUGCCUCAGCAGGUUCAAGAUGAUAAAGGCAACCAUUGCGGCCUCAUCGGGUAAAAAUUAAGACAUUAACGUUGUCGUGGCACACGCAAAGUUCUGUUGCCUUUGUUACGGCGUCUCCGUUCUUUUACAACGCGUCUGACUUUGUAUGGCAGUUGGUAUGGCACCUUUCGAUCGAUUGGUGGCCGCCAUGGUAUUGCUGUCAUCCUUGACAACCUCUUCUUGCGCUUCUUCUUCUUGUGUUUCUUCAUCUUGAACACUCGCCGCUUGAGAGUGCUAAUAUUUCUUUUGGCAAAAAUGCCAUGCGCUGUGCGAUAUAGCGUAGCCACAGUUGGGCUUU